AUGGGACCUAAGCGGAACAAGACGACAGGCCGGACGAGUCUGGGAGUAGGUACACCCAAGACGCCGACACCUGCACACGAAGACUCGAUGGAGAUAGAUACACCACAGCCCGUUGAUACACCAAGGGCAACAGAGACGCCUUCGGCUGCGCGGCCAAACCAACCCUCGGCCGUCGAGCUGCUCGCCGACGUUUGGACAGACGAUCAGACAGCCUCGCUCUACAAAGGCAUUAUAAGAUGGAAGCCAGCAGGCAUGCACAAACAUUUCCGGAUGCUCGCUAUUAGCGAACAUUUGCGGAACCAUGGUAUCAAUCCAGAUGUUGAGACGCAUACGAGAAUCCCCGGCAUCUGGGCAAAGCUUCGAACGUUGUAUAAUCUAGAAGCGAUCGAUGAACGGGAAAACUAUGACGAAGACGAAAAGAGGUACAAGGACUUUACUCUUCCGGAACUAGAAUACGGCGACAGCAUGUGGGCACGACGCUUGCCAGAUGAUCCCAGUGAGGCACCUAGCAGCCCGCCGCAAUUGGAUUUCGAGGACACAGCAAAGCCCCCAAGCGUAUCAGGUGGUACGAGGAAGCGAAAGAGAGGCAAUGCGAGUACAACCGACGCGGCCAGUGUGGCCGGAAGCACAGCCAGAACCCGCGGUAGUACAGUCGAGGAUACCGAGGAGGAAACGCCUGUGGCUUCGAGCCCAAUUGCUAAAAGUGCACGGGGUGCUCGUAGCAGAACUAGAGCGGCUGCCAAGGCCAGAGCAGAGAGCACUGAGCCCGAGCCCGAACCCGAGCCAGAAAACGAGGCCAAUGAAGACAGCGAAGACCAAGAAGAAGAUGGCGAUGAAGCCGAGGACGACGAGGAUGGAGAUGAGGAAGAGGAGGAUCAAGAUGAAGAGGAGGAGGAGCAGAGUGAGGCCGAGGAUACCACGACAAAAUCAUCAAAGGGAGCAGCAAAGGGCAAAGCUCGAAAAACACGAGCUCGGGCGAGUACCAGAAAAGGCCGAAAGUAA